AGGGGUGGGCUCUAGGACCGUAGCGCAUCGACGCGCUCUCAGGGUGGAUGCAGAAGAAAGGAGGAGGAGAAGCCUGUGACCCGCCAGGAGGAUAGGGCUAGAGCAAUGGUAAUCCAAGGGUACAAUUAGGAGACGCAGACACCUAGGAACGUGACCGUGACACGCCGGAGGAUUCGCCCCAUUCUCCCCGACGGGCAUCCCACAGCCGCUCGCCCAAAUGAACAUGUCAGCAUUGACUUUGCAAGAAUACGAAUUCGAGAAGCAAUUUAACGAGAAUGACGCGAUUCAGUGGAUGCAAGAUAACUGGAAGAAGUCAUUCCUCUUUUCCGCUUUAUAUGCAGCCUUUAUUUUUGGUGGACGACACCUAAUGAAGCAACGAGAGAAAUUUGAGUUAAGAAAGCCCCUCAUCCUGUGGUCGCUUAGCCUUGCAGUUUUCAGUAUUUUCGGUGCUGUCCGGACUGGCGCUUAUAUGCUGUACAUAUUGAUGACCAAAGGCCUGAAGCAAUCAGUAUGUGACCAGAGCUUCUAUUAUGGACCAGUAAGCAAAUUCUGGGCUUAUGCUUUUGUGCUGAGCAAAGCACCAGAACUGGGGGAUACAAUUUUCAUUAUCCUUAGAAAACAGAAGCUCAUCUUCCUUCACUGGUACCACCAUAUAACAGUAUUACUGUAUUCCUGGUAUUCGUACAAGGACAUGGUUGCAGGUGGUGGCUGGUUUAUGACCAUGAACUACGGAGUACAUGCUGUCAUGUAUUCUUACUAUGCUCUCCGGGCAGCUGGCUUUAGGGUGUCACGGAAGUUUGCCAUGUUGAUCACAUUGUCCCAGAUCACUCAAAUGAUUAUUGGCUGUGUGGUGAAUUGUCUGGUCUUUUCCUGGAUGCAGCAGGGACAGUGCCCGUCUCAUGUGCAAAACAUUGUAUGGUCUUCUAUUAUGUAUCUUAGCUAUUUUGUGCUUUUUUGCCACUUCUUCUUUGAAGCCUACAUCCCCAAAACCAGGAAAGCUUCUAAGGCUGACUAAAGAUUCCGAUGCCAAGUCAAAGCUCAGGGUCAUCAAAUGUUCAACAUACAAAAUGAAAAGAAGGUUAGAAUUGAGCAACUGUUCGGAGGCACCAAGAAAAACAUAUCUCAAGCACUUAGACUGAUACCUCUGAAACAACGAAAUCAGAUUUAUUUAGUAAAUGAGAUUACUAUUAAUAUGUGAUGGAGCUUCAUUGUGUUACAUAGUAUGUCAAGGGAACUAAAUGCAAGGAUGGACUGUGUUCUUAGAUCAAGUAGAAGAUCUUUGGGAAAGCUUCACCUCUGGUGUAUUCCUAAGAACCCUAAACUACUGACACUGGCUCAAGAGCAGUCAGGUUUAACACUUUGCAGUAUUUGGGGUUAAAACAUGCUGUAUGUCAUGGACAAGAAGUCACUUGGAUUCCAAGAGAAAUGUACAUUGAACAACAGCAUCAAGAUUGCUUUCCUGUGAGAUGUGCAACUAUAGGUUUGGUUACUAUCGAUAUGCAAAUCAAACCAGUUAGCCAAGUUUUUACUACAGUAUUACCACAAGACUCUUGUUCUACAUAUCUAUUAUAUCUUUUAUACAGUGCCCAGUUGCAAUUGAAUUCCUGGCAGGUAUGGACAAAACAAAAUGUAAAGCCUCAUCAGUUGUUAAGGAUCUACCUUCAAGCUGAACUAAUGGUUGCACGAAAAAGUUAAAAAAGGAAAUCUGGUUGGAGUGUUUCACUGCAAGUGUCACCGGAAAGCCCAGUGUAUAUCUAUACAGCUAUAUAUUAUUAUAUAAAUCUUAAAGCUAAUGUUUUCUAUUUUUGUGAACCAUUUCCUUAUCAGAUAACUACUGCAGGGCUGUUUGUGUGAGUGUGUGUGUGUGUAAGGGUAACACUGUGUUUUUAUUUGUAUUUGCUUCUCAAGCAGUACAAUUCGGAUUAAAGUGCCCUCUACUGGUACAAAUCAGCAGUACAAUUGACCAUACUACAAUUUCUUGACACUUUUUUCAAAGGAAGUUAAAAAAAUCAGAUAUGGAACUCUUUUUUUUUUUUUUGUGUAAUAGCCAACACCACGGUUUAAGAGACUUGUCCAUUUUCCAGCCAUCUUUACUUUUCUACUGUAUGUCCAUGGACUUUUUAAAACGAGCAAAAGGCUUAAGCAGGUACCAUAACCAGGUUUGAAUGUUAGAUCUCAAGUUGUUGCAAGCCAUAUUCUUUAACAGACCGUAAUGUGUAUUGUUUGUAUAACCAACUCAAAAGAAGCCAAAUACAGUGUAUUCAAAUUCCUAGUAUUUCAAGGAAGUACUUCAUGUAACUCGAUGUUAAAUGUUUUAAUGUAGUCUAAAUUGUAUUAGUUAGAUUAAGAUAUUAGCAGAUUAGAAGUGAGUUAUUCCAACAGGGACAGUCAGAGUGCAUUUCUCCAACUGUUACUAAACUUCAACUCCCGUGAUCAGCCUUGGGAGUUGCUUAAGGACCACGGCUUUCCUGCAUCUGUGUUCGUGGCUGCCAUUGUUUGUAGAACUACAGUAAGCAUACUGUAAAUCUGAAAUAUGUAGGAAACACACAGUCGUCAUCUUAGAGCCCUGUAGUUGGUAGAAGCACAUUUUCUGGCUACUUUAAAAAGUAUUUGAUUUGUGGAGAAGUUUCCACAAAAGGGAUUAUUUUUUAGCUUUAAUGGUGCUGCAAUUCAUGCUGCUUUUUAAUUAAUUGGUUUCUUAGUAGAGGUGAGCGAGACUGGUUGAGGUCUCCAUAAUAGUUAAAUAAAUAGGAGAGACAUUGUGUUAUGAUGCAUUUUGUCUGAACGGUUAAUCACAGGCUGAAAGGAAAGACAUGCAGAACAACUGUAACCAACAAUAAAGUUUACACUUCUGUUA